AUGCCGGGAUCAGAGCUGGACAACCGCAGCACUCUGUUUAUUCUACAGAUAACAUGCAAAGCUCAUACUUACUCUAUGCGCCCAACUGUCCAGCUUCACAUUGGGUCGAGUCUACGGGAGUUCCACCAUCUGUUGGCCGAGCUGAGUCGUUUGACAAGUGUACAAAUCGCAGGUGGCCUUAUCGUCUGGAAAAGGAAUAGUUAUGGGCAGAUAAACGGUUGGAGCAGCGGUUUGGCCAGUGCAUGCGUCAAUCGAGACACUGGCUGGUGCCUGAAUACCGCCACAGUCGACGAUGUCAAGGGAGCAAACAAUCGAGUGAGAAAACAGGUCACCUUAGCUUCAUCAGACUCCGACCUGUGGAAACAGUUGAGGCUGAAUCUCAUGGUACAGCUUCAAGGCUCCAGCCUUGCCGGUUGGACCGGCGUGCCGAGACGAAGGCCGGAAAUUCGGCUUCUGGCUAAAAGGAUCUUCCAUUAG